AUGCUUGCCAUAUUAUUUUAUUAUUUAGUUCAAAUAUUUUCUUCUUUUUUAUUGUUUCAUCUUGUGUCUCCAUUACUUUUUCUCUACUCUUCCUCUCACCCGCUGUUCAGCUCUCUCCUCUUUCUUUCAUCGUCUCUCUCUCCUCUUCCUUUCAUCCUCUGUUUAGCUCUCUCCUCUUUCUCUCACCCCCUGUUCUUUCCUCUUCCUUUCACCAUCUGUUUAGCUCUCUCCUCUUCCUUUCACUCUCUGUUUAGCUCUCUCCUCUUCCUUUCACUCUCUGUUUAUCUCUCUCCUCUUCCUUUCACUCUCUGUUUAUCUCUCUCCUCUUCCUUUCACUCUCUGUUCUCUCCUCUUCCUUUCACCCUCUGUUUAGUUCCCCUCUUCAUCUUUACUCUUCCCUUCACCUUCUUUCAUGUUGUCUCUCUUUCUUCGUCUCUCCACCAAUUUCCUUUUCUCCUUUAA